UCCAUUCAACAGCAAAGCACCAGAGAAUAACCGCGGUGGUCCAAUGUCAUCCCUUAGCGUGCAAUCUUACCACCAAGAUUCACCCCCAUUCACCGGACAAGCAAACGAUGAGGAAAUACCGCCAUUAGAACUAUUACACGUUUCAGACUCAAAUAGAUCAUCCCCUAACAGCUCGACUAGUGCGCAAUCUGAACCAAAGAACCAGUUAAGGGGUAAAGCCGCCUUCUCACCUAUGUAUUCACCCAGACCAGAUGGUAGUGCACAACCAUCCCCUCACCCAAUGCUCUCUGAUCUCCCGAGUUCAGCAGCAAACGCUAUAGCAAGCCGGGCUGUUAGACCUUCUGUACAGCGCGAAAGCUCGCAGGUUGGUAUUGCUAGAGACCGGGUCCCUAAGGAACCGAUGACCGCACCUGAAGCGAUAAAUGAAAGACACGACAAGGCCCCAGUCACUCCAAAUCCCUUCAGUCAGACAAAGGAUUUCAGUCCGCCCGACUUAGACGAGGCCGAUUUAUUUGGAGAAGACGGUUAUAUCUUCCCGAAGCAUAAGCUGAAGGGAAUGAUGGAAGAUGAGGAGAAGAUUCCACUCGUUAUCGUAGCGUGCGGUUCAUUUUCACCGCCAACUUACUUGCAUUUGCGUAUGUUUGAAAUGGCAAGUGAUCAAAUAAAUGAAAAAGGAAAGUAUGAAAUACUAGGCGGAUACUAUUCACCUGUCUCGGAUGCUUACAAGAAAUCUGGUUUGGCUGGUGCCAAGCAUAGAGUUAUGAUGUGCCAUUUGGGUGUAGAAUGCACAUCAGACUGGCUUAUGGUUGACCCUUGGGAAGCCAACAAAAAGGAGUUCACAAGAACGGCUCAUGUUUUGGAUCACUUUGAUCAAGAAAUCAACGAAUGUGAAGAAUACGGAGUUAAACUACGCGAUGGCAGCAGAAGAAAGGUUCAAAUCAUGUUAUUAGCAGGUGGUGAUCUUAUAGAAUCUUUCGGUGAACCAGGAGUCUGGUCAGAGGACGAUUUGAACCAUAUUUUGGGUAAAUUUGGAUGUCUCAUUGUCGAAAGAACAGGAUCUGAUGUGUGGGCAUUCUUAUUGUCACACGAUCUACUGUACAAGCAUCGAAGGAAUGUUAUUGUCGUCAAGCAGCUGAUAUACAAUGAUAUAUCAUCAACAAAAGUCAGACUUUUCGUCAGAAGAGGAAUGUCAAUCAGGUAUCUCCUCCCAUCAGCCGUUGCUGCUUACAUAUUGAAUAAUAAGAUAUACGCUUCGCCAGAGUGAAAUUUGUUGUAUGAUGACAUGGAUGAGUGAUUAUAGAAAGAACAAAAAAAGAUGCAGCGAGAGAGAAGGAAAAAGGUAUAUAUACUAUACUGACGUUCUAAAUAAU